AUGCGGUCGCAGUCGCCGCCGUCCAGCGCGGCGGUGCAGGCGGCGCGCCGCAAGUACACAUACGCGGGAAUCUUCCUCGUCGUGAGCCUGCUCAGCUUCACCAUCCAGACGGAGCUGGCGUGGUACGUGCAGCAGGCCGGCUGGGCCAAGCCCUACUGCAUGCUUUACCUGACGCACGGCUCGUGGGCGUUCCUUUGGCCCGUCCAGCUGCUCAUCCUGCGCAUCCAGAAGCGCGACGUGCCGUGGCCCGUCUUUUGGCGCCGCCACGUCUGGCUCGUUCGCACCACGGCCAUCAUGGUCGAGCGCCACGACCUCGACCUGCCCAGGGGCUACGGCGAGAGGAGCCACAGCCCGUGGCGGUACAUGGUGCGAGCCACAGCUGGCAUCACGUCGGCCCUGACUGUCGCCGGGCUCAGCUGGUACAUCGCGGUCAACAUGACGACCCCCAGCGACCUGACGGCCAUCUACAACUGCAGCGCCUUUUUUGCUUACGCAUUUAGCGUCCCGCUGCUCAAGGAGAAGCUGCGGCUGGGCAAGAGCGUCGCCGUCGCCAUCGCCAUCGCCGGCGUGCUGGUCGUGGCCUACGGCGAUGGCAACGGCGUCAGCACCCCGCCGCCACCUGCCUCGCCGCCUGUCUCGCCGCCGGGCGAGGUCGAGGUCGGCGGGCAUGCCCUGUCCUCGCGGGCCAUGGGCGGCGGCUCAUCAGAUCCUGCGACGCGGUUCAUCGGCAACGUUGUCAUCGGUGCCGGCUCGGUCCUCUACGGUCUGUACGAAGUUCUGUACAAGCGAUUUGCGUGCCCACCGGACGGUUGCUCGCCCAACCGCGGUAUGAUCUUUGCCAACACUUUCGGGUCGCUGAUUGGUCUGUUCACGCUGAGCGUGCUGUGGAUCCCGCUUCCGCUGCUGCACAUCACGGGGCUGGAAACGUUUGAGCUGCCGACGGGUCGGGUGGCCUGGUACCUGUUUGUCAGCGUCGUCAUGAAUGCGACGUUUGCCGGGUCGUUCCUGGUGCUCAUCAGCCUGACCAGCCCCGUGCUGAGCAGCGUGGCCAGUCUGCUCACCAUCUUCACCGUCGCGCUGGCUGACUGGUUCGUCAAGCGGCAGCCUCUGGGUGGGGCGGCGAUCAUGGGCGGCGGGUUGAUCGUCGUUGCGUUCCUGAUGCUCAGUUACAGCAGCUACAGGGAGAUGGAAGAGGAGGAGGCCAGGAAGAAGAUGGUAGACAUGAGCGGGAGUGAGAGUGACGAGGAGGAAGAAGAGGAGGAUGAUCACGAUGGUUCUCUAAAGCUGGUUGCUGUUCGCGAUUAG